AUGUACUCGCAUACUAGUCCUACGGUGGAACCGAUGGUGAUCGGAAAUUCGCCCAGUCCUUCUGCGCAAGAUCCGAAGUCUCCUGGAAACCGCAGUUUCUUGCCGCCGUAUCUUUUAGGGUCUCCCGGUGGAUCUUUGGGUUCGACGAAAGAUGCCACAGCAAACCUGUCAUGUAUGUUCGAUAGCGGAUCCCCGUUUGAUGCCUCGAUGAGGAGCAGUGCCCUUAUGUCUACAAGCCGUGUAGCCGGGCCUCCGGUUCGAAGUCUGAUUGAUGACGACGAACAGACCAUGAGGACACCGGGGAGCUUCCUGUCUUCGAGCCAGCAUAAAGAUUUGACUGCCGAAACCUGCGUGACAGUGUUCGGUUUUCCGCCGCAGUCCUUCGACUAUAUUUUGCAAGAAUUUGGUCAGUACGGGACCAUAGUUAAUUAUGAGACAGCCAGUAAUGGCAAUUGGAUGCACAUUUUAUAUGAAACGAGGAUGCAAGCUAGGCGAGCGCUGUCAAAGAACGGCAAAUUGUUUGGUAACCUGAAAAUAGGAGUCUCGCCUUGUUCCGACCAGGUUAUAUUACGGAAAUUUUACGUGACGAAAAAUACUGGCGCUUCUAAAAUACAGCAGUUUCCGAGUCCAGCGGCCACUUCCGUUUCUUCCCUUGCCUCUAGACGAAUCGAUGAAGGCGAUAACCAAUCAUCGUACGUUUCUGAGGACUCCUGUGCCAUGCAGAACAUUAAUUCAAGAAGCUUCACAAAUUCCAAAGCGAAAAUGCGUUCCUUAAGUGCCUCUUAUUCGGCCGGAACGCCUGCAGCUGAGGGUCGGAAAUUGGCCGAGGACGAAAGCUGGGUUAGAAAACUAUGCAACAACGUGUUUGGCUGGUGA